ACGAGCGGGUCCGCCCUUCGGCGCCGGGUUGCGGGCUGGGGGCCCCUCCCGCCGCCCGCGUGGUGAACCCGAAGUUGUUCAGACAAGUCUCUUGACCCCAAGUCCUAAGUACUCAACGUCUUUGUCGGCGUAAUUAUUACCGGCGCAGGCACAUUUUGGUAGACAUUUCAUUAAACAGGAACGAAGUUCCACCGUAAAUGCGCCUCUCGCUGAGGCGCGUGUCCCCGCGGGGUCACUGAGCCGUGAGCGGGAUUCGCCGAGUGAGGUCGGGGUUUGCGGCCUCGGUUUUCGUGGCCAUGGACCCAGGAGUCUCGUUCACAGAGGCCCGUGGGGGCAAGAAGGCGUCGCUAGCGGUUCCUUUCGGAAAGGCUUGGAGCCUCGGGGAAACAGGACGCAGUCGUUUGAAGUGCGGGCUCAGGCCGAUCUGUUUCAGCGGAGAGAACGUCAGAAGUUGAGGGACGGACAGUUGCUUCCUUCGGAGUCAUCCUCGCCUUGGUUCCCAUGGCAGGUGGCUGUGUCUGCAGAUUCCCGCUGCAGCACUGUGCCAGAGAGGGCAGAGGAUGCAGUGUGGCUCUGGACAAGUGACAACCUCUCUGAGUCUCAGCCUCCCCCUGCUUAAAAUGGGCAUAAAAAAUGUACAGGUCAAGAGUCAAGGCCCCAUCGCAUAAGGAUAAUUUAAGGAAGGUUUCUAAAGGCACUGUUGGAAGGGGACAGUGCCCGCAAACGGUAGAGGUGGCACUGGACUGGCUUCUAUCCCAGACACUCGCAGGAGCCAUGGUGCCUUCGAGGCUCUUCCUGGCAGGAUGGCAGGCUGUAUUGGAGGGCGUGAGGCACGGGCCGCUGCCCCCACGGGCGGUCCUCGGGCCUGGCCGGCUCCUUCCCAGGCUUCUUUCCCUCAGCCAUGCGGACUGCACCAAGCACCAGGAACCCUCCAGGAAGAAACUGCUCUCCGAGAAAAAACUGAAGCGGCACUUCGUGGACUGUCGCCGGGUGCUCGUCUGCGGGGGACGCGGUGGGGACGGAGCGAGCUGCUUCCACAGCGAGCCGCGGAAGGAGUUUGGAGGCCCCGAUGGCGGUGAUGGUGGCCACGGCGGCGACAUCAUCCUGAGAGCCGAUGGGCAAGUCAAGUCGCUGUCGUCGGUUCUGUCGCAGUACCGGGGUUUCCACGGAGAGGACGGCGGCAGGAAGAACUGCUUUGGGCGAAGCGGCGCUCUUCUCUACAUCCGGGUCCCCGUGGGCACCGUGGUGAAGGAGGGCAACGCAGUCCUGGCUGACCUGUCGUGCCCGGGUGACGAGUACAUCGCCGCGCGGGGCGGGGCCGGAGGAAAGGGCAACCGCUUUUUCCUGGCCAACGAUAACCGCGCCCCUAUGACCUGCACCCCCGGCCAGCCCGGCCAGGAGCGCGUCCUCCUCCUAGAGCUCAAGACCAUGGCCCACGCUGGGAUGGUCGGAUUCCCCAACGCGGGGAAGUCCUCGCUGCUCCGGGCCAUUUCCAACGCGAAGCCCGCCGUGGCCGCCUACCCGUUCACGACCCUGGGCCCGCACGUGGGCAUCGUGCACUACGAGGACCACCAGCAGGUCGCAGUGGCCGACGUGCCGGGCAUCAUCCGAGGCGCGCACCGGAACCGGGGCCUGGGGCUGGCCUUCCUCAGGCACAUCGAGCGCUGCGGCUUCCUGCUGUUCGUGGUGGACCUGUCGGCGCCCGAGCCCUGGGCCCAGGUGGACCACCUGAAAUACGAGCUGGAGCAGUACGAGGAGGGCCUGUCUGAGAGACCCCACGUCAUCGUCGCCAAUAAGAUCGACCUCCCUGAGGCGCGAGCCAAGCUGCCCGAGCUGCGGGCCCGCCUGGGCCCGACGGCCAUCGCGCUGUCGGCGGCUACCGGGGAGAACCUGGAGGAGCUGCUGCUGCGCCUGAAGGAGCUCCACGACCGCCACGUGGCCGCCGAGCUGCAGCGGGGCCGCCAGCCGCUCAGGUGGUAGCGGCGGCUCAGAAAGACCAGGGUGCAGGCGCCGCCUCCGGUCCCGGGCGGGACCACUUGCGCCACUGAUGGUCUGCGCUGACCAGUGCGCCGAGGUGGACGCGCCCUUGACCUUGGCUCCCUGAUGAGCGGGGCUGGAGCCAGCAGCGCCAGUCCAGCGGGAGCGACCGUCACGGAUGGGCGAUUCCACAACUGUCCUUGCCCCGCAGAGCAGCGGUUCUGCAGGGUGUUCUCGGUGCCGUCUGCAGGCACCGCGCCCUGCUCAGAUGCCACCGUGUGAAGGGAGCAGCGGGGGUGCCGCCUCCCCUGUCGUCCCCAGACCGCGCCGUGCUCCGUGGGAGCCAAACGCGCCCAGUGUCUGACCGCGGGCCUCGCGGCUCCGACAGGCGGUGACAAGCAGCCCUGCACAGCCGUCAGAAGCCGAGGGCGAGCAGGGCGUCGAGGGGAGGUGCUGGGCCACAUCUGUGCAGGCCAAGCUGGGUCCCCGCCCAGCCUGGCUGCAGGGAGCCGAGGAGACUGCUGGGCCCUUGCUGGGCCACCACCUGCCUUACAGCUCCCUGCGGUCAGCUCAGAGAACGCGGUGGGGACGAGGCCAGCGUUCGUCCAGGGCUGAUUUUUCCUUUCCCGGCUGAGUGACGGCCGCUAAGAAGCCAAGCAUUCAGGAAGCAACCCGUUCCGCAGCGGCUCGGGGCUGCGUGCCGGCGUCGAGCGCGCGUCUGCCCCAGGCCCGCUGACUGCAGGCGGCCCGGUGAGGCCGGCUCAGCUGCCGCCAACCCGAUCGCCCAGCAAAACGCUCUGGGACUUCUGUUUCCCCCGGAUUCGGUCCGAUGCUCCUGACCUGGCCCUAGGGCCCUCGGGAAGGCAGUGGAGGGGACGAGGUCACGAGGAGGAGGGGGUCGGCAGCAUCUUUCCUGGGCGUGGGGGCUGGGCUCAGCUUGGAAUCUGCACCCCCGUGACAGGCGCCCGUCCCCCGCUCCCGGUGCGAUGUGCGGUGAUUGCAGAGGCCCUUGGUUCUAGAACCAGAGGCGGCCUCUGCGUCAGCCUGGUUUCUUAGAGUAAAGCCAGGUCUGAGUGCACGAAUUA